AUCGAUACACCGCCAGUUGACAAGUUUACUCCGCUCGAAGACAAUUUGCACUUUUCGUCAGUCAUACUGGUCGUAGAUAAAAAUUUAUUAAUUAUUUUCAAGAAUGGCAUCGGCGAUGGAUAUUGACGAGGAGGAAAUCGAAGCGCCAACGUCCAGCAGCUCGAAAGGUGAAAAGAAACGCUUUGAGGUUAAAAAGUGGAACGCGGUUGCCCUAUGGGCGUGGGAUAUCGUAGUAGACAAUUGCGCUAUUUGUCGCAACCACAUAAUGGAUUUAUGCAUUGAGUGUCAAGCGAAUCAAGCAUCGGCAACAAGUGAGGAGUGCACGGUCGCUUGGGGAGUGUGCAAUCACGCGUUUCACUUCCAUUGCAUAUCUCGGUGGCUGAAAACUAGACAGGUUUGUCCUUUGGACAAUAGGGAAUGGGAAUUUCAAAAGUAUGGUCACUAAUACGCAAUUAUACUAUGUUUGUGCUUUUCUAAAUUAAAUACUAUUACUACUAUCGUA